AUGACCCAUGAGCAGUCUGACUUCCUGAAAAGUAAGGUGGAUGGCUUUUGCCUCAGUCAGCUGCAAGGGGAAGUGGCUGAAUACUGUACUAACGCCUACCAAGAGUGGUUUGAAAAAUGGCCAGAAAUAGCAGAGCAUUUCAAAGAUGAUGUUGGUAUUAUGCUCAUGGAAAGUCAGUUGAUGAAUGAGCAAAUGAAGCAGUUGGAGUACAAGGCCAAUCCUGAAGUUAAGGCCGAGAUCGUGACUCAGAUGAAGACCAACAAUGACCACAAGGACAAACCUUGUAUCUCCGUCCUUCGUUCAGAAGCUGUGAAGUCCAUGGCUGCUCGCAGUGAGGAGUUCAUACAUCACAUGGAGAUGGAGGCAAAGAUCGAGUGUGCUCAUCGUGCAGAUCAGGUGAAGGCUAAUCUUGAGGCUAUCCACACACCCACUGAGGCCCUGAAAACGCAAUGUCUUGAAGGCCUUGGUGGAGUGGUUUGGCAACUCUUAGAUGCUAUUCACAAGAUGACUGGAUGGCACAGAAGUGUCUACCUUGGGGGACCUGAUCCUCGCAUGAAUGGGGAGGUUCGUGUCUUCAGUUUCCAUCAUGGAAAGGGCUUUUCCAGUUUCAAUUUUCGCGACACGCUGCCUGAUCACCAUGGAUGCAUUGUUGAGCCAUUCACUGCCUUUUUGAAAGGCGCAUUCACUGUUAACACCUCCCAUCUUUCGACAAAUUCAAGCAUGACUCCACCUGCAGGAGAAUCAUUGGUCAAUGUGACUUUGGGCAGUGACGGCCCUGAUAUCACAGCUGUUAAUGCUUCCCAUCCUUCGACGAACUCAAGCAUGACUCCACCUGUGGGAGAAUCAUUGGUCAAUGAGACUUCGGGCAGUGUUGGCCCUGAUAUCACCGCACUAGUCGCUCCACAGAGUUUUACUUCCAUCCUACAAGGCCUGAGUCAUGAUGGCAUGCUUCUGGAUGGGAUCCACCACACCCCAUCUGUGCCAUUGUUGAAUCCCUCGCUGUUGUUGGAGCACUUGCUGUCUCUGGAUCCUGAGUCAUCAGAUUUUUCACAGGUGGAUUUGGAUUCAUUCAAUCUACCAAGGUUUCCCUCCCUAUCUCCUUCACCUUUUGACCUUUGUCCAGUCGCCACAUCUGUGGCACCUUCAGUGUCUGCUGAGGCACCUGGUGCUUCUCACCUUCCUGCAACUCCAAUGGACCCGGAACCUCUGAUGUCUGCUGUUACUUUCAUGGACACAGCGCCUCUGACGUCUGCUAUUACUUCUGCAGAUGCAGUGCCUCUGAUGUCUGCUGUUACUUCCACCGACGCAGCACCUGUUAUUUCUCAUCUGGAAUCUUCUUCUGACCACCUGGCAUCUCCCAUGCAUGUUCCUCUUCCAGCUGCUGUGGGAACUCCUGCCCAGAUGGACAUAGAUGACAUUAUGGAGCUGCUUGAUGAUAUUGUGAAUCAACCACAGUGUCGCAGUACGCGUUCCCAUGUGCCAUCAACACACUUGGAUGAAGCCAACCGCAUUGGUGGUGAUGUGCAUGUUUCAAAGAAAGGGCAAAAUUCUAGGGCUUUGGGGACUUAG